CCCCCAGAUGUGUCCCUACGGUCCUAAAUGCCGGCGCAGGGACGCCAAGAUGAGCUGUUGUCUUCGGGGAGGAACUACCGACAGCAACCACGUGACACGCUGCCUUUUCCUUCCCAGCCCUGACUUCCUCUUGGCUACCGUUUUGGCGGUCCGGUCGGGUUUGGCGUCCGGUCGCAUCUCAGGACGAGCGGACAUGACGGGCCCUCCAAAUCCCGGAGAGACGGGGGAGAAGAAGCCGAGUUUGGGGGGCCGUCUCCGCGCCGGCCGCCUAGCCUUGUGGUGGAAGAGUCUCCUGCACGACUAUGCUGAAGCCUGCCGAGAAGUCGCCCAAGGCAUCCGGCAGCGGCCGGUGAAAGCAGGGCUCUACCUAUCGCUGCUGGCUGGAACGGUGAGCUGCAGCCUCCGCAACCCCAGUGAAGCCUCAUUCGACUCCAGCCUCCUGGAAGCCUCGGGAACUCUCCUACUCCUCUCGCCCUGGACCCGCAGUAGCAGCUCGGAAAAACAUACCCAGCGGCUGAUGGUGCUCCGAAACCGAGGCCAGCUGCGGGUCCAGAACCUCGUCUUUUUCUCCCUCCUCUACGAGGCUCCUUACGACGCCGGAGCAGACCUCUAUCAAGCGCACUGCAAGUACCUAAAGCCACGGUGGACUGAUUUUCCCAGCCGGGUCCUCGAUGUAGGCUUCUGGGGGCGCUGGUGGGUGUUGCACUCUAGAAUGCAGAAUUCAGAUAUUAACAAUGAAGAGUUUCAGUAUCUGCCAGAGCAUCUCAGGACCAUUUCUUUUAAUCACUUGCACUCAGAAACCAACGAGAAACUUUUUGAUGAGAAGUACAAAGCUGUGAUUCUGACAGAAGAGCAAAUCGAAGAAGCUGACAGGGAGAAUCAAGGGCAGCUGCAUUCUUAAUUAAAGCAGUUGGGUGACUGUAAUAUAAUAUUAGAAAACAAACCAAGGUAUUUCAUUUAUUCAUCUUUCUAUUUUUUGCUAGGACUCAGCUAUUCAUUGCUGUAUUCCUGAUAGGCUUAGAUGCAAGAUGCAAGAAUAAAUGCUAUCCAAAACUGAGGAGAUGCUUGAUGAGCAAUUCUUAGUGCCGCCUGAAUUGAAAAAUUAAUAAUAGUUGAAUUCUAAUGUAUUUAUUAUUAAUCUCAUGUUGUUUUUGAUUUGUCGCCUAGGAAGGAAUCCAUUUUGAUCUGGGUGUAUAUAGAUAUUCAAUUUUUUUUUAAUUCUUUCAGCUAUAAUUGCUGCAAAUAUCUUGUAGUCCAAAUAUCUGCAGUCAUCCAGGCCAUAUCUAUUCUGGACCAAGAUUGGUGUGGGCAAGAAUAGAAUGUGUAUUGGUUUUCAUCUUCAUGUAUUUCUCUCCAUACGUCUCUCAAUUUUAAUUCCGAUACCAUAUUAAAAAUUUCUUUUGAUAGUGUUUUUUUUUAAUUUUUCUUGUUGCGCUUGUAAUCUUUUUUUAACAUCAUCUAUGGCAUUAUAAUCUCCAAUUAGACAAACAUUUUCAUAUUCCAGAUCUAUUUCUUUGCUGUGUAUUUUUUUAAAGAAUUUGUGUUGAUUUUUAUUAGGGGCAUAUAUUACUAUUAAUAAUUAUUUUUUCCUUCCAUUUCUAAUUCCACCAUUACAAUUAUAUCCUCCUCUUCUGCAUAGAUUAAUUUUGAUUUUAUCUUUUCUUUUACAUAUACCACUACUCUCUUCUUUUUUUGUAUCAGUGAUGUGUAUAGUUUUCCUAUUUUUGGAUUCUCUAAUAGUUUUUGAUGUUCUUUUUUGAUGUGUACUCUUGAAGACAUAUCACAUCUGCUUCCAAUUUUUGUAAUUUUAUAAAUGUGUUCUUUUCUUUGGUACAUUUAAUCUGUUUAUGUUUACUGAAAAAAGUUUAAUUGCCUCUUCAA